AUGUCUGCCCCCGGCCCAUGGGUUUUCCCUCUUGCUCUGCCUUGCCUUGGUCGCACACACUGCCGGCAUGGCCUCGACACACGGCCAUUGGGCCCACGGCCCACGGCGACAGUGCCAGCGCCAGUGCCAGGCCAGGUGCAUGCAUGCAAUGCCUGUGUCUGCCCCGCGAACAUGUUGGCUACUACUCAGCGCAGCAGUGAUCUUCGCGCGUGGCUUUGGUCCACGUCGCGCACUGUCGUCCCAAACCCUCAACCAAGGCCGGGCAUUGGACCACAGGGUGGUGGUUCAAAGAAGCUUAUCAAGUCGCCAUCACUAGUCAGAUGCUGUGGGGAUCGGGCCUAA